CCCUCUUGCAACUCUCCUGUUUUUUAAGGAUCCUUUUUUUAAAGGUUUGCUUUUUUCUUCUUCUCCUUUUUCCUGGAGAAGCGCUGGUUAAAUAUUUCUCUCUGCUUUGCUUCUUCAAUCCAACCACCUCUCAUCACAGUUUAACUUCAUGUGACUUGUUUUUAACUUAGAUUGGAAGUGAAUGAUAAAUACAGACAUCACCCAUGCAUACAUUAAUAUAAACACACACAUAGACCAUCGAUUGUUUUCCAAGAGCACGUCUCUCCGGCACUUUUCAUUGAUACCGCUGCCCCUUACCUGUUGGGGAUUUGACAAGAUCAAGUGUGACUGUGGACUCUGAUUGCUUUGCAAAUGAGUAUUUCUUCACAAGAACUGGGCCUCCCACUCUCUGUAAGACGGACCUGUGAGUAACUGGGGACUUGGCCUGUCUUGCCUCUGAGCUUGGUGGAAGAUUGGAUGUAGAUGAGUUGACUGUCUUCCAUGAAGUAAUAGCUCACCACCAGCCAGGAUUUCAACUUCUUUUUCAACAUCGUUUCACCUGUGGACUCUUCUAAAUUUUGCUUUCUUGGGAAAACAAAACGAAACAAAAAAACCCUCCCCACACACAAACUCCGAUCUGAGGAGGCUGUUCUUACAAGUUAGGAUCCUUGCCCCUUCUCCCUUACAAGCUGAUGCAAAGGAUAAGGCUGUGCUUCCAUUAGAUUGUACCUUUCAAUCAAAAUAAGAGGAGAAGAGGCAAACAGGACGAUGGCUCUGAGUGGAAACUGUAGUCGUUAUUAUCCUCGAGAGCAAGGGACCGUGGUGCCCAACUCCUUCCCGGAGGUUGUGGAGCUGAAUGUCGGCGGCCAAGUUUACUUCACUCGCCAUUCCACACUAGUAAGCAUCCCUCAUUCCCUCCUGUGGAAAAUGUUUUCCCCAAAGAGAGACCCGGCUAACGAUCUAGCCAAGGACGCCAAGGGCAGGUUCUUCAUCGACAGGGAUGGAUUCCUGUUCCGUUACAUUCUGGACUAUCUCAGGGACAGGCAGGUGGCCCUGCCAGACCACUUUCCAGAGCGAGGAAGACUGAAACGGGAAGCCGAGUACUUCCAGCUCCCGGACCUGGUCAAACUCCUGAGCCCAGAGGAAAGCAAGCAGAGCCCAGAGGAAUUCUGCCACAGUGACUUCGAGGACGCCUCCCAGGGAAGCGACACCAGGAUCUGCCCCCCUUCCUCUCUGCUCCCUGCGGACCGCAAGUGGGGCUUCAUCACCGUGGGCUACAGGGGGUCGUGCACUUUGGGCCGGGAGGGCCAAGCAGAUGCCAAGUUUCGGAGAGUUCCCCGGAUUUUGGUUUGUGGGAGGAUUUCCUUGGCAAAGGAAGUCUUUGGAGAAACUUUGAAUGAGAGCAGAGACCCCGACAGAGCCCCAGAAAGGUACACCUCCAGAUUUUAUCUCAAAUUCAAGCAUCUGGAAAGGGCUUUUGAUAUGUUGUCAGACUGUGGAUUCCACAUGGUGGCCUGCAACUCGUCAGUGACAGCAUCUUUCAUCAACCAGUACACCGAUGACAAGAUCUGGUCAAGCUACACUGAGUACGUCUUCUACCGUAAGUGCCCGGGGGUCUUUUCUUUUUCCCUGUGUGCAGUUCUCCUCACAGAUGCACACGGUCAGCAUGCCUAG